AUGGCAGGCCGGGGCGGUAGCUCUCCCACCGCGCCCACCGAGGACCUGGCGGGGCCGUUGUGUCCAAUAGGCUUUGUCGCUUUGGCGCUUGAGUUCUUGAGUUCCUGGAGGAGAAUGGUGCCGCGCCAAUCCGGCAGCAAGGGCUACGCUCUUGGCGCGCGAAAUGCUUGCGGCGUUCCGCCUCCAGGCAAAUUUGAAGCCCCCCUCCCCCGGGGCCCGGAUACUUUCGGACGCCACCGCGGCGGGCGGCACCCACUGGAUGGCGGUAACGAAACGCUUGUGCAGAUUCGUCAGUCGAUCUGCGGGCAGUCUGUUUUGCUUCCCGCGCCUGGCGCUCUGCAAAAAAGUUCCGAGAGGCGAGGUUGUCUUGGUCUUCAUUUCUUCCGCGGCGGUGCUCCGCUGCGGGGUUCUGGUGCCUAA